CGCCCACAGCUCUCGGCCCCCGCUCGCCCCGGACACGGAGAACGCGUGCUCCUCCCUGCCUCUCGCGCGCGCGGUGAGCGAGUGGUCUGAUCGAGCAGCAAGCGAGCGAAGGAGCGAGCGAGCUUGAGGACGCGCGCGAUGGCCUUGCAGGUCGCCGGCGGCGUGGCCUGCUGCUGCCCUCCUCCGCCCCCCGGCGGCGGCGGGCGGCGGACGCGCUGCCGCCCGCCCCGCGCGGUGGCAUCCGGCGCGGCCGCGGUGGUCGAGGAGGGCGAGGGCAAGGUGAGGCUCGGCGAGUCCGGCGUCGCGGUCACCAAGCUCGGCAUCGGCGCCUGGUCCUGGGGCGACACUACCUACUGGAACGACUCCGAGUGGGACGAUAGGAGAUUGAAGGAGGCACAGGAAGCGUUCGAUGCGAGCAUCGACAACGGGAUGACCUUCUUUGACACAGCAGAAGUGUACGGUACAGCGCUGAUGGGAGCAGUCAACUCUGAAAGUUUACUAGGAGGAUUCAUCAAGGAAAGGCAACAGAAGGAGCAGGUUGAGGUCGCUGUCGCAACAAAGUUUGCUGCCCUUCCAUGGAGAUUUGGCCGAGGAAGCGUUCUUUCUGCACUCAAGAAAUCGCUAGACCGUCUUGGCCUGUCCUCGGUGGAGCUCUACCAACUCCACUGGCCUGGGAUAUGGGGGAAUGAAGCGUACCUUGAUGGCCUGGCGGAUGCUUAUGAGCAAGGCCUUGUAAAGGCUGUUGGAGUCUCAAACUACAGCGAGAAGCGCCUUCGGGAUGCACAUGCGCGCCUGAAGAAGAGGGGUGUUCCACUUGCUGCAAACCAGGUGAAUUACAGCCUGAUAUACAGAACCCCUGAGUUGAAUGGUGUGAAGGCAGCUUGUGAUGAGCUCGGCAUCACCCUGAUUGCCUAUUCCCCAAUAGCUCAAGGUGUUCUGACAGGGAAAUACACUCCAGAAAAUCCCCCUACCGGUCCUCGAGCAAAUACAUACACUCCUGAGUUCCUCACCAAGCUCCAACCACUUAUGAGCAGGAUCAAAGAGAUUGGAGCAAGCUAUGGCAAGAGUCCAACCCAGGUGUCUUUGAACUGGCUGACCUGCCAGGGGAACGUAGUGCCAAUCCCCGGGGCCAAGAAUGCCAGCCAGGCCAAGGAGUUCGCCGGCGCGCUCGGGUGGAGCCUGACCUGCGACGAGGUCGAAGAGCUUCGGACUCUGGCGCGCGAGAUCAAGGGCAUCAAGAUGCCCAUCGAGGAGUCGUAAAUUCUGCAUUUCACCCUCCAAUGGUAUAUCGCUGAUAGGAGAUUAACAUUUUUAAGAUAGAAAAAACGCUAUGAUGCAGAAAUGAACAAGAAGUUGCAGCAUGUGUUAGUAGAAAAUGGUAUAGCUGCAAAUGAUUCUCAAUUUCUCAUGCCUGAAAGUAGAUAUGUAAUGUAACUAGUAUGUGGCAUACUUUUCAUUUGCCAAAAGGAGGGUGCAGGGGUGCAGCGUGUGUGCA